CUUACAGCUACACUGGGAACCUUGGAAUUCAGUUUGCUGUACGACCAGGAGAACAAUGCACUGCACUGCACCAUUAACAAAGCCAAGGGGCUCAAGCCAAUGGACCACAAUGGGCUGUCAGAUCCCUACGUCAAGUUGCACCUACUGCCCGGCGCCAGCAAGGCCAAUAAACUCAGAACCAAGACCCUGCACAACACACUCAACCCAGUCUGGAAUGAGACCCUGACCUACUACGGCAUCACUGAUGAGGAUAUGGUCCGCAAGACACUCAGGAUUUCAGUGUGUGAUGAGGACAAAUUCCGCCACAACGAGUUCAUCGGGGAAACGCGAAUCCCUCUCAAGAAGCUGAAGCCCAAUCAAACCAAGAAUUUCAACAACUGCCUGGAGAAACAGUUACCUGUCAAGACGGAAGACAAGUCUCUGGAGGAACGUGGACGAAUCAUGAUUUCUCUGAAGUACAACACCCAGAAGUCUUGCCUGGUAGUGGGCAUCAUACGCUGUGCUCACCUUGCCGCCAUGGAUGCCAACGGCUUCUCUGACCCCUACGUCAAAACGUAUCUGAAGCCAGACGAGAACAAAAAGUCAAAGCACAAGACUGCUGUGAAAAAGAAGACGCUCAAUCCUGAGUUCAAUGAGGAGUUCUGUUAUGACAUAAAAUAUGCAGACCUCACCAAAAAGACCUUGGAGGUGACCGUAUGGGACUACGACAUUGGAAAGUCGAAUGACUUCAUAGGUGGUGUAUCUCUGGGUAUCAAUGCAAAUGGAGAAAGGCUCAAGCACUGGUUUGACUGCCUCAAAAACAAGGACAAAAAAAUUGAACGCUGGCACACGUUGACCAAUGAAUUACCUGGUUCAUUAAAUGACUGAACGCACACAUCCUUCGUCCAACCUGUUCGCCGGCUGCACCAGGACUCCCGCAUCCUCCCCGUCCUCUCCGCCCAGGUCGUCUUCUCUGGGUCGCCCUCGUGUUGCCCGCAUCGACCUGAGACGCCUCUCUUUGGGAAUACACAGUAUUUCCUCUCCACAGGGCUGAGCUUAAAACAUACACAUCUCAUGUUUGUGUUCAACAACACUUUCACACAUACAGAAAGGAGGUUGCACAGCUGCUCAUUUCAUGUUUUUAAGAGAAAUUCAAUCCACAAGAUGACUGACAGGGAUUGUAGUGUUGACUUUAAAGGAUUCCUGUAUGAACGGUGGAAGAUAAAAGAAGCAAAAUCUAUUUGAUGAGAUCUUUUACAGCAGUUAAAGAAUUUCCACUAAUCCAUAAAGCUGCACAGGAAAACCCUCAUGAUUUCAAUUUCAUGGCUAUGAGCAGAGUCUUAGGAUUUAAAGUAGUGGAUACACUAAUAAAGGAUGUAGCAAAUAUUUUGUAUCAUUAAUGCAAGUUCUAGAUUUGGAGCAUAUAUUUUUCAUUUGGGCAGAUGAGAGCAAUGCCACAGAGACUUUGUGUAGUUUAUGGAGAACAGUCUUUAAAACCGGCUGCAGGUUGAGGUCUCAUUAUGCUUCAAACAAACUGUCUAACCAUGACUCUCUGUAAUGAAAACCGCUGUUUUGUUUGUUUGAUAGAGUUAAUAGUGAAGCUUGUGUAAAGGCAAAAACUCCACAGAGAAAGAGAGCUGGGCUCCGGCAAGAGUUGCCUAUAGCUACUUUAUAUUGUAAGUCAAAUAAUCUACAAUAAUAAACAGCAGCCUCUAACAAUCAGAAGGCCCCCAAUGUGCAAGCAGAGUGACACAAGCGAGAGUGGGAAGGAAGAACUCCCUUUAAACAGGAAGAAACCAGAGAUUAAUGAGUAAAUGCAAAGUGGUCUGUAAACACAUAGAGAGUGAGUCUUAAGUAGAAAGGAGUUACAACGCCCUCCAAUACUCACUAUUCUGUAAAGGUAGUUUUAGUUAUUUUAAACCAUAAGUUAAUAAAAUAAUCUUUGCUCAUGCAGCCAAAACAUUAUUGUCUGCAGUUUUAAAGCAGAAAACUUUUUUUAAAUUGUGGUUUUUACUUAUUAAGAAAGAUAUUGCAAACAAUAUCAACCUGCUAGCAUCAUAUUAAUCCUUAUGUGGCCAGUUUAAAGAAUAUAGUUACA